AUGCGCAAGCUGGGCCUGCAGCGGGACCUGGCCGAGGCGGCUGCGCUGGAGCGGAGGCGGCAGCGCGAGCUGCACAGGCAGAGCCGCAUCUUCAACGCCCGAGUCAGGACCAUCGGGGUUGAUGAGGAUGCUUUGGAUACUCAAAUCAAUGAUAAAAAGAUUCAAGAGGCAAAUGAGAGAGCACGACAUGAGACAAUUGCUGGUGAAAUGAAGCAAAAUGACAAGAUCAUCUGUAUGUUAGAAGAACGACAGAAAGAGGACAUCAAAAACCUAAACAAAGCUAUCACUGAGUUUCAACAGAAUUUUCAGAAGCCAGAAACUCGGCGUGAGUUUGAUUUGUCUGACCCACAGGCCCUGAAGAAGGAUACUCCUGCUCGCCUCUCUGAUAAGGACUCUCGAUGUACUAUAUCCGGCUUGCAGAAGUUUCUAGGAGAAGAUUUAAACCAUGAUCGGAGGGUGAAAUUUCAAAAGGAGCAGUCAAGAGAAUGGUCUCUACAGCAACAGAGAGACUGGAAGAAUGCAUUAGCAGACCAGAAAUUUGCAGAGGAUCUCCAUGACAAGAACAGGAUAGACCUAGAUCAAAAGGCUAUGGAGCUACAAAGAAAAGACAUAGAAACCAGACAAGCUGUUUGUGCAGCUACCAAGGAUUUUAAUAGGACCCAGGCUGCAGAAUUUGCAGAAAGAAAAAUGCUAGAAAAGCGUCAGGAAGAAGAAGAUAAUGUGGCUGAAAUUUCCAACCUCCUUCGAGGAGACUUGCUUUCUGAAAACCCAGAACAAGCAGCCAGUUCGUUUGGGCGACAUCGUGUGAUUACUGAUCGAUGGAAAGGAAUGAACCAGGAUCAGUUGAUGGCAAUACGUUACACUCAACAGCAACAAGUUCUGGAGAAACUGAGGCUGCAGGAGGAAGAACGGCAAAGAAAUGCAGAGUGGGACAGGCAACGUAUACAGGCCGCCAGAGCACAACUUCUUUUUGAGCGGCAUCAACAGCGACUAAAUCGAGAACUUCGCAGAACUCUGGAUAAUGCUAAUGCACAACUCUCCCAGGAGCAGAAAUCAAAAAAAAUUUAUCUUCAGGAGGAAGUGUAUUCAAAUUUUCCAACAGGCCAAUAUUUUACACAGUUUAAUACAACUAGCCGGUGA